UAAAAUUAACAUGUCUCUCACCGGUCGCCAGAAGACCACAGAAGGCUUCCCCCUCGUCCUUCCCCUUCCUGAUUCCCUGCCGGCUGCUGCUGCCGCUGCUGCUGCCUGCCGGGGAUCCCCCACUUGCCCCAGUGCCGUCUGCCGAGCAAUCCCGUCCGGGCCGCGCCUUGUCGGUCAGGGUCGGCCCCUGGGCAAGAACUGAAGUACAUUUGAUCCGCCACACCUCAUUAUUCGGAGGGAACUCAUGAAUGGCGCUUCGACUGUCAACAAUACCUUACGGGCCGCGUUCUCGUACUGCGUGCAGCAAGUCCGCAGCUACGACUACCACCACUACCUCUGCCUCCUCCACCUCCCGCCGGCUGUGCGCAGGGCUGCUUUCGCCCUCCGCGCGCUCAAUGUCGAGACCGCCCGCGCCAUGGACGUCGCCUCCGACCCAAAGAUCGGCCUCAUGCGUCUCCUCUGGUGGCAAGAAGCCAUCGACAAGAUCUACUCCAGGAAGCUGAUAGAGCACCCAGUGGCACAAGCCCUUUCCUCGGUUGUCUCCGACCACAAGAUCAGCAAGCACUGGCUCAGAAGGUCAUUGGAUGCUCGAAUAAACGACGCAAACCGAGACGAGUACUCCAUUCCCGAAAAAAUUAGUGAUCUUGAGAAGUAUGCAGAAGAUACCCAGUCAACUUUAUUAUACAUGACUCUUCAAGCUGGUGGGAUCGCAUCUACGGCCGCAGACCACGCGGCCUCACAUAUUGGGAAAGCAAGCGGGCUCCUGUUGCUGCUUAAAUCUCUGCCUCACCACGUAAGUCGCUCGGGAAAGGUUCCGUACAUCCCCGCCGAUGUGGCGGAGAAACACGGGUUAUUGAUAAGAUCGGGCAGUGGAUCGGAGGUCAGGAUGGAAUCGGGUGAGGAUUUGUCGGAUGUAGUUUUCGAGGUGGCAUCGGCCGCCGGCGCUCACCUCCAGAAGGCGCGGGAAUUGGCUGGAACGGUUCCGGCCGAGGCCGUGCCUGCGCUUCUCCCGGCCGUGCCUGCGCAGGUCCUCUUGGAUUCGUUGAGGCGGCGGCAGUUCAAUGUUUUCGAUUCUCGGUCGUCGCGAGGGGUUCUGGGGAUAUCUCCUCUUUGGUAUCAGUUGAAGUUGAAGUGGCAUGUCUUGAUGAACAAAUAUUGAAGUAGUGUAAGGUUUUUGAAGUUUUGAUACAUGAAAGAAUAAAUGGAUCAGCUACUGCAGCAGCUUCAGCAGCAAAAGGAGAGAGCUUUUGUAUGACAAAUUGCGGAAAAAUUUAUAGCUGCUUUUAAUUUCAUAAAUUGUGGAAGCAAAUAUUUAUAUGUUUUGUUUUGUUUUUUGUUUUGUUGUUUUUGUUUUUAGGUAAUUUUAAGAGCAAUUUCUGAGUGUGCUCUCUUUGAGAGUGCCAUAUGAUGCUUCUAUGCAAAAAUUUCCCCAAAUAUUUAAGCAUUUUGUAGCUUUUCAGUUUGUUUUA